AUGGCCGACCCAUUAUCAAUCAUAUCCGCAGUGGAACUCUGCUUCAAGUACGGCGCGAUUCUGGUUGAACGCUGUUCCGCUUUCGCCCAUGCAGAGUCCGAGCUUUGGGAGCGAUCGGUCCGGGUGAAGAAUUACUGGGUCCGGGCCGAGACUCAGUUGAAAUUGGUCCGAAGCAUUGCACACACGCUGGACGAAGAACAUCAGAUAGUGCAGCAAGAGACGGUAGAGCUGCUCGCAAGCAAACUGAAGAUUGCUGUCAAUAGCAUUCAAUCUGUGACUAAACGGAAAGAGGUAAAUGGUCAGGAAGUGCGGCAAGUGCAGCGAUGGAAGUAUGCGCUACUGCAACAGAAGAUCGACGGGGCCAUUGAGGAUCUUGAACUUUGGCAGAGGAUGUUCGACCCUUCUUGGUACUUGAUCAUGAAAGCCGCGACCGCUCAAAUAGAUGCCGAGUUGCAUACCUUCACACGUGAAGUUCCGGCUGAAAGUCGUGCUGCAUUAACAUCCGCCCAGUCGCUUAGGAUGGCUCUGGACCCUACUGCGACCAGCACCCUUCGUGUAUUCCUUCGGGAGGAUGGCAUCAAUUCACUUCAACUGAGUAUUCUUCCUUUGUGCUCAGCUCAGCUAGCACAAAGAGAAGACCCAUCAAAAUCACUCAUCCUAGAGCGAUUUCAGCCAUCUGCAGACGUCAACAUCAAGCAGCUGGAGAAGGACACCCGGGAUUUAGCAAGAAAGCUCGCCCACUCCAGCCCUGUCGAGUUUGGCCUUCUCAACUGCAAAGGGGUUGUGAAGCAUUCCGACGAUAAUUCCCCCUCACGCGAUCCAACAGCAUUCACAUUCAUCUUCAGAAUACCUACUGGCUACUCGAAUCCUCGCAGCCUUCGCAGUUGUCUUGCAGCAAUGCAGGGGACGGACACACUCUCCGACCGGUUCAGGCUGGCGAAUGAACUAGCGAGAUCAGUCAGCUAUGUACACACUUUCGGCUUUGUGCACAAGAACAUCCGACCGGAAACUAUACUUCUCUUGACGAAUGAUUCGUCGGUGGGAUCAGCAUUUCUGAUCGGGUUUGACAGCUUCCGCAUGGCCGAAGGUAAAACGCUUCGCAAGGGAGACGCGGCAUGGGAACGAAGUCUCUACCAGCAUCCAAGUCGAGUGGGGCAGGUUGCUGCAGAAGACUAUAUCAUGCAGCACGAUAUCUACAGUCUGGGCGUAUGCCUGCUCGAGCUAGGCCUGUGGGUAUCCUUCGUGCAAUAUGAUGACAAGGCGGCGCCUCUGCCCAAUGAUUGCUCUAGUUCAAAGCCGACCAGGAAUCUCAUCUUGGGAAGUGAUCUGCCGCCCGUACUUUUCAAAGACCAUCUAGUCUCCCUGGCACGUGGGGAGCUUCGCAGCAAGAUGGGAAGCCGAUAUGCCGAAGUUGUUGAGACAUGUCUCACAUGUCUUGAUCCUGACAAUGUGGAUUUUGGUGAUGCGAACGAGUUCCAGGACGACGAUGGGAUUCAGGUGGGAGUGCGAUAUAUUGAAAAGGUCAGGGUCUGUGAUGUUAUCAUUGGUUAG